UACACCGUCCGACUGCAAUAAACACACACGAGCACAGCAGUGUCCGAACCGCUCUCGAGCCGAACCCUGUCUAACCCAUUGACCGGGCUUCCCAUGCGGAUCUGUCGUGUAAAAUGGCGGAGUUGAGCGCCGUCCGACGGGAACUUAAAAACAGAAACCUAAGCAGUUCUAUUGGAGACCCUAACUGUACGUCGCCCCAGAAAAAUGAGCAGAACCUGGCUGUGCCGUUCUGCGGAGGCAUACGGGAUGGACUACGGUCUGGAAAGAAAAUCACCAUCAUGGGUGUCGUAAACCCAGACCCGGACAGUUUUGACAUUAGUCUGACCUGCGGUUGUGGGGACGUGGCUCUGGACAUGUGCGUACGUUUCGAAGACCGUGAGAUUUUACGCAAUGCCUGCGUUUCCGAUGCCUGGGGUGAAGAGGAGAGGUCGAUACCGUAUUUCCCCUUCAUGGCAGAGCAGUCUUUCAGGAUUGAGAUCCACUGCGAGCACCCGCGGUUUCGCGUGUUGGUGGAUGGUCAUCAACUCUUCGACUUCUAUCACCGUGUGACACCGAUUACGGCCAUCGACACCAUACAGAUCAGUGGCAGUGUGACCAUCACCAAGCUGAACUGAGGAGAGACACACGUCUGGUGCUUCAGUUUAAAAGGAGCUUUUACACCAGCCGAUCCAUCGAGAAUCUGGGCUUGAACAUUAAAGACCACACACAGCCUCUGUGAUCCACCCUGUACAGAGGAACAUUCCAGAUUCGCACAAUUUCUAGAAUGUAUGGACCUAAUGAAUCGUACUUUAGUUUUGUUCUGUAUAGAUUUCUUUUUUAAACCCUUCAAGAGGUUUUCUCAUAUUCGUUUUAUGGACGUCAAAACCGUCGGUAACAAGUUGAUGAAGUUAAAGUGAGUUGGUAUCAUUCUUGUACUGAAAUAUUUAUACUUCCUGCCUGUACAAAUCAAUGUUGUUUUCAAUGAUGAUAAAACAGUCCAGAUAGAGAACUUAGUUGGGUGGAUUGACCAAACUCAACGUAAAAAUGUCUUCAUUAACUAGAGAGUGUUUACAGUCUUUACAUUUGUUUAUUUAAAAUGUACUGCCUUGUUUGACUACCAUCAGUCAAUGAAAAGCUAUACGUGCUCAGGAGAAAGAGUUUUAUUUAUUUCUGACAUAAUAAGGAUGGUUUGAGAGUUAUGUACAGUGAUAUUACAUCAAUAGUGACAUUUUACAAUCCACGUUGUUUUUGUUAAGCACUCGUCCUUAAAACAAUGCAUUGUUGUUUGGUUUUGUUAAACUGAAAAAAAGUGUGAUAGUGUAGAGAUUUUUUGUGCAGUUAUUACUUGAGACAAGCAUAAAAAAUCAGGGAGAAUAUCAUUCCAUAUAAAAUUCCUUGUGAACUUUUUUGUGUGUACUUAUUUAUUGUCAUUGACCAGUGUGGAGUGUACACAUAUUGUGCAACUUUGUUGCCUGUCUUCACAGACAAGACUAAAACGAAAGUUUGAGCUGAAAAUAAAUUGCCCUGACAUAUCUGAAAAUAUGUCAUUGCAAUUGUUUUGUCUCAAGAUGCACACCAGUAAUAUUUUUAUCUAAGGCAUUUUAAUAAAAGCGUCUUAAAUAUCCUAAUUUAACUAAGGCAUAGUCCUGGCUUAAGCCAAGCCUUGUUUGUGAAACCGGGCCUGUAUCUCUAUCCCUAUGUUUCCCUGUUGGUUUCCUUAUCUUAACUCAGCUUCCUGAUGCUACUGUAUAUAGCGCUUGUUCUUCUUGCUGUUUUAUUUGGAUUUCAUCCAGAAAUACUAUUAUGUUAACAUUUACACGGUACCAUUAUUGUAAUAUUUUAGGUACUUAUUUAUUUAUAUAAACAAUGGGUUUAUAGCUUUGGUUUAGUAGUGUAUUUACAGAUGAACAAGUGAUAUUGUUUUUUGUUAAAUGUUUACCUUUUAAAAUAUGUACAUUUCUUGAGUUAUUUAUCCCUGUAGUUUAUAAAAAUAAGAUCUAUAAAACGUUUACA